CUGCGGAAGGGAGAUGCCAUCUUAGAGGCCCGUCAGCAGGAGGAGUACAUCAGCGCCAUGGCCGUGGAUGGCAAUGGGAAGAUCCUGCUGACAGCCAGUGGUGAUGGCACCCUGGGCGUCUUCAACGUGAAGCGGCGGCGCUUUGAGCUGCUCUCGGAGCCACAGAACGGCGACCUGACAUCUGUAGCACUGCUGAAGGUUGGCCCUGACAGAGAGCAGUGUGGCUCCAGUGAAGGCACUGUUUACCUCUUCAACUGGGACGGCUUCGGGGCCGCCAGCGACCGCUUCGCUCUGAGGGCCGAGUCGGUUGACUGCAUGGUCCCCGUCACGGACAGCAUCGUGUGCGUGGGCUCCAUGGACGGAGUCAUCAGGGCGGUGAACAUCCUGCCGAACCGGGUGCUGGGCUGCGUUGGGCAGCAUUUGGGGGAGCCCCUGUGUCAAUUAGCUGUUGUUAAAUGA